AUGAAGAAUAUAAUGGUUUUAGAUUUUUUACUGAGUUCUGUGGAGUUAGCUUCUGGAGUACUAACUUUGCUUGUGACGGAAAUGACUCUACCCAACACUAUAUACAGCAGUCAGUUAGCUUUUAGCUUGUUUCUUAGAGUACUGGUGUACUAUUGGUAUGCCAACGAAAUAAUGGUACAUGGAUCUGAAAUAGGAAUGGCUUUAUGUAACAGCAAUUGGUAUGAGGAAUCCGAAAGAGUGCAAAAAAUGAUGGUUAUUAUGCUGAUGAGGUGCAACAGGGAACUGUAUCUAGAGAUUGGACCAUUUGCCGCUAUGACUUUGAGAACUUUUCUAGGGGUACUCAAAGCAACA